GUCUUCCAAAUGCAAACUAUUUUCUCGGAUAUCUAUACCGGAAAGCAAAUCCAGAGGUUAACAAUUUGCAUCACUAUGGUACUGAAGAACGGGGCAGAGGAUAACGGUUUGCACUAUUUAUUUUAUCCCAAGAUACUUAAUUUUAUCCCAAUUUUUCUCCUUUCCAAACUUGUUCAUGAUUACUUACUUAAGUCCGAAGACGAUAGUGUGCAUUUCUCCUACGUCAAAAUUCAAAGGAAGUUCAGAGGAUGAAAGUAUUGAAACGUCUCCCUCUUUUAUUGGGGUGCUGGACUCUUUUAUACCUCAACUUCGUCUCAGUGUCUACGGGCCUUCCAGGCGAGGGACAACGCUCAACUGCGAGGAGACCAGGCACGCACACAGACGUAGAUCGAAGCGGGAGUACUGCAUCGUUAAUGGUGGGGAACUAUGGUGCUACGGGUGGAAAGUCUUCCAGUGGAGCAAGGAUCACACGGAUCCGAACUGGACCCCCACUGAUAAAGGGCGAGUCCUCUAAAGCGCAAUCCGUGACAUCAGUGACAGGCGCAAAGAGGACCGCAAAUGGGGUGGACAGUCGCUCUGCGGCACCCAUCAAUUUGGGACGCAGGGAAGCUGCGCGUUCUUGGGUACCGGGAGAUGGAAGCCGACCAGCCUCCGGUGGCGCGUUUGCCCCCGCGGCACUCAGCGCUCAUUUAGGAAGGAACGCGGCGGCACUGAGCAGCGGCAAGACGGGUGCCAGGACAGUACCGGCUGCCGGGAGAACUGGACCGGCGCGCGUCGUGUCCGCGCAGAGAGGAUUUUCGCCCUCGGCGCAAAGAAGUUCUAAAGUUCUACCGAAAGCUGACAGAGACACGCCGAAGCACCCGCUGGUGACGCCGCAUGAUUACAUGCUGUCGUUAUACUGGUCGCUUUCAACAGGGGAAGUGAAUACUAGUGUUUUACACGAAGCUGGCCUGGCCAACACCAUCACCAGUUUUGUUGAUAAAGGACAAGAUGACCGUCUCCCCCAGCUGAGGAGGCAGCGGUACUCCUUCAACAUCAGCUCGCUGGACAAAGAGGGCCUGCUCGGCGCCGAGCUCCGCAUUCUCCGCAAGCGGCUGACCGAGCCACGCAAGUCGCACGCCCCGGGCGGCCCCGUCACCCUGAGGCUGUACACCUGCGCCGCAGGUAAGCAGAAGGCCUCCCUGCUCCAGUCACGCCCCAUCGAGGACCACGGCAUCUCCAAGUGGGAGGUGUUCGACAUCUGGAAGCUGUUCAAGAGCUUCCGGAACGUGCCGCAGCUCUGCUUCGAGCUGGAGGCCUCGGAGCAGGGGCGCGGGGGAGCGGCGGACCUCAGGAAGCUGGGCUUCGGCCGCGCCGGCCGCCAGACCAAGGAGAAGGCCUUCUUCGUGGUGUUCGGGCGCACCAAGAAGCGCGGCCUCUUCUACAACGAGAUCAAGGCGCGCUCGGGCCACGACAACAAGACGGUCUACGAGUACCUGUUCACCCAGCGCCGCAUGCGCCGCGCCCCGCUGCCGCGCGCCAAGAAGCCCGUCAAGAGCCCCAAGCCGCGCUGCAACCGCCGCCAGCUGCACGUCAACUUCAAGGAGAUGGGCUGGGACGACUGGAUCAUCGCGCCGCUGGAGUACGAGGCGUACCACUGCGACGGCGUGUGCGACUUCCCCAUCCGCUCGCACCUGGAGCCCACCAACCACGCCAUCAUCCAGACCCUCAUGAACUCCAUGGACCCGCGGUCCACCCCCCCGACCUGCUGCGUGCCCACCCGGCUCAGCCCCAUCAGCAUCCUCUACAUAGACUCGGCCAACAACGUGGUGUACAAACAGUACGAGGACAUGGUGGUGGAGUCGUGCGGCUGCAGGUAGCGAGCCAUGUGACGCGCGUUCACAAACCGAUCGGCGGAAGACUGUUAUCCUUCGCUCCCUUCACCCACGAUAGAAGAGAAAAAAGACAUGAGUGAAAGACCAUUGUAAACUUCAGAUCCACUUGUGUUUUUUUUUAGGGCACUGGACUUCUAACACUUGGUAUAUGUGUAAGCUAAAGAAAGUGACUCUUUCUAUGGUAUACUGUAACAGAGUAUUGUCUGUUAUUAUGGUAAACUGAAAAGCCUGGGUGACUUAAGUGGCAGAAGUGGCAGUUUUCUGAGUAGCUGAGGACACUUAAGUGGAAGAUUCUGGAAGUAUGAAGCCACUGAGUCAACAGACCAUGGCUGUGUCUGUGCCAUAUUGACAGCUAAUUCUAUAGAAUGCAUAUACUGUAUGUGAAAUGCAUAUGUAAAAAAAAAGCUGUUGUGUACUUCUCAAAGCAUCAUCUAUAAAUCUAUUUAACUUGGUGUCUUGGAGUGUACAUGUCACCUACCAUUUGGUCACUGUUGAAGGAAAUAGUUUUUUUUUAUGGAAAAACAUUUCAUGCUCUUACUUUAUAUAAUGGAAAACAUUACAGUGCUUUGGACCAGUAUUCCAUCUCGUCACCAGAGGUUAGCGGCACACCUGUUUUCUUCACUUUUUAAAGCACUUGGACCAUGGGAAGUGGACAUCUGUAUGUCGUAGUCCAAAUCACUGUCACCUAGGUAACAAUGGCUGAGGAUCAAGUGGGUCUCCCUUGUCUCCAUUAUGCACCAUUUCACAGUUGUCAGUUUCGGUUUGAACUCCUCUGUUUAAACAUGCGCUACUCUUUCACUGAAACACAUUCUGUUCAAAAAUGUCGCUUCGAUUUUGACAACUUAGUAAUGUCGGUCGAUGACAGUUGCGCAACAAUUGCUCUGUGUGUCAAGAU